CCCACACCAGUCGCAGAACAACGGCUCCAGUCAAUAACAUGGUGCUGCACUGAUGCCACAUCUUUGGGCUCUCAAGACAUCUUUUCGUCGAGGUGCAAGAAAGGCUCUUACCAUGCACACGUGUUCUGUGGAAAGAAGCGCUGGAUGAUUUCAUCUUGUCGUGGGGAAGUCUCGUAACUAUGUUCGAUGGGUCGAAAGUACUCCAGAAACGAUAGAUCCUCGGCGUGGCACGACAACCCUCGCUCGAGGAACGUCACGGUUGUUUCCAGCCGCCGAGUCGCCCGGUGCAGUUUGUCCAAGUGGUGUUCUCGUCGGCACUUCAGACCGAUUUGGUUUUGCCUGUACCUCGACUGGUCGACUGUUCACUGCUGUCCGUGUCGAAUGGAUCGAUGCGCCACCACGACGAUAAACAUGCCUCAUCUUACACGACAUUUACAGCCCCGCCAUGAAGCGCAGCAACCACGUCGAGGUGCUGCGAACGAUCCCUGCCGUUAGGUCUGUGAUGCCGCAUUGGAUGAAGCACGUUGCGAGGUUUCUACCUUCCACCGUACGCGUCCAAUCGGUUGUUCCUGGUUGUAUGUGAAAAUGGCACGUUCCUGUCUCCACUUGGGGACAAGGUGCCCCAUAAAUAAAAGGACAACUGGUCUACGUACUCACAUCACAGCCCCAUUCAAGGCGGUGACGUCCAGCCGCUGAGUCAGCCGUAGUAGCACGCGCCGCCCCUCGCACGACCUUGGAUUUACC